AUGGACAAGUACGAUCGCAUUGAGAAGCUCGGCGAGGGCACCUAUGGCGAAACGGGCGAGAUUGUCGCGCUCAAGUCAAUCCGACUGGACAACGAGGACGAAGGCGUUCCGUGCACGGCCAUUCGCGAAAUCUCGCUGCUCAAGGAGCUCAAGCAUCCCAACAUUGUGCGGCUGCACGACGUGCUGCAUGCAGACAAGCGCCUCACCCUUGUAUUCGAGUACUGCGACCAAGAUUUGAAAAAGUACCUGGACGAGUGCGCGGGCGACAUUGGCGUCAUGACCAUGAAGAGCUUUCUCUUCCAGCUCCUCCGCGGCAUUGCAUUCUGCCACGAGCACCGCAUCCUCCACAGAGACCUCAAGCCUCAAAACCUGCUCAUCAACAAGCGCGGAGAGCUCAAGCUCGCCGAUUUCGGCCUUGCGCGCGCGUUCGGUAUUCCCGUGCGCGCGUACUCGCACGAAGUCGUCACCCUCUGGUACCGCGCCCCCGACGUGCUGUUGGGGUCCCGAAGGUACUCGACAUCCAUUGACAUUUGGUCGGCCGGGUGUAUCUUUGCAGAGAUGGCCAUGGGUGGCCGACCGCUCUUCCCGGGCUCCUCCACGCUCGACCAACUGAUGCGCAUCUUCAAAGUACUCGGCACCCCCAACGAAGAAAUCUGGCCGGGCGUCUCUUCAUUGCCAGAGUGGAAGCCAGACUUUUCCGUCUGCCGUCGCGUACCGCUCUCCUCGGUCGUCACGACCGUCGACUCGUACGGCAUCGACUUGCUUGCCCGCAUGCUCAUGUAUCUCCCCGAUGCUCGCAUUUCCGCAGAUGACGCAAUGUGCCAUCCGUACUUUUCCGAUCUUCAAGCCAAUGUUCGAGCGAUGGCUUAG